CAGCAGCAGUACUGUUCAAACGAGAGCCUUCUCUGUUCCACAAUCCGACGAACCCUUUUCUGUGCUGAGUGGCUCCCACUGUAAAUAUUUCCCCAAAAUCCGUCCCUUUUCUUCCUUCUCACUCCAUUUAUUUUCUCAUCAAGGUCCUCCGAAAGAGAGAGAAAAAACAAAACCCCCUCGCCCCCACACAGAAGAACAGAGCAGAAGAAGUAGAAGCUAAAGAAAUAGAAAGAGGAGAAAGCACAUAACAGUUCCACAGAACCUGAACGUUAAACACCACCAACACGAUCUCAGUCUCACUUCCAUCUUCACCUCCCCAACCAAACAAGCCCUCUUCCUCUCUUCUUCUUCUUCCCUACAACUUUCUCUCUCUACCAUUUUUCUCUGCACAAAUGGAAAUGAUAGCUCUCUACAAGCUUGAGUCUCGCGGGAUAGUGUAGUCCCCUCGAGACUUUUCAACUUCGUUGUUACUCUCUCGUUCUUUCUUCUUCUCACUCUCUCUCUCUCUCUCUUCCUUUUCUUCUUCUUUCUCUCUCUAAAACUUCCUCUGCCGGAAGAUGGACUGCCAGUGCCGGAAUCUGACGGUGGUGAACUUGGAUCCGGAGAGAAAGCGAAGUGGAGGGUUGAGGACUAAACAGGCGGGGAGAGGAUCGUGCCGUGGUAGUUAGUUUUUCGGGAAUGUGCCUUUUUUGCUAUCUCUCUCUGUUUCUUCGUGAGUGAAUGCUAGUGUGAGACUCCAUUUGCGUUGUUUCGGAAACAAAACAAAAAAAAGAUAACUUUUCACCGGUUUCGGAACCCCUUUUGCGAGAAAACCAAAUGGGGUUUUUGCUCAAAGAGGCUUUGAGGACUCUGUGCUCAAGGAAUCGCUGGUCUUAUGCCAUUUUUUGGAAGAUCGGUUGCAAUAAUUCCAAGCUGUUAAUCUGGGAAGAUUACUACUAUGAACCCUUGCCAUCUCCUUUCCCACCACGAGAUGGGGAAGGAUGCUGGUUUUCUUCGGAGUCUCAGCUUAUUCAGGAGGAGGACAGAGUCUGUGUAUUGAUUAACAAAAUGAUGGUGAAUAAUUCUGUCAGUAUUGCUGGAGAAGGGAUAGUUGGACGGGCGGCAUUUACAGGAAACUAUCAGUGGAUUCUUUUGAACAAUUUCACUAGAGAUGCUUAUCCGCCAGAGGUAUAUCCUGAGUUGCAUUACCAAUUUUCAGCUGGAAUGCAGACGGUGGCAGUUAUUCCUGUGCUUCCCCAUGGGGUUGUUCAACUAGGUUCUUUCUUGCCGAUAAUGGAAGAUAUAGGAUUUGUGAAUGAUGUAAAGAACUUGUUCUUGCAAUUGGGAUGUGUACCUGGUGCCCUUCUAUCUGAAGACUAUUCAGCAAAGGUUUCUAAUAAAAAAUUUGCUGGACCUGUGACUGUUAAUCCACCUCUCAUUACUUCAGAUUGCACUCCCUCGGUAGCUAAUGGUUCCAACCAACUUACUAAUUCUCCUCUUGCUUCAAGGCCUGUUGCUCAGCCACCUUAUCCUCUAAGGGGAGGAAUAAAUAAUUACCAGGGUUCUUUAUUGACACCUCAAGCCCAUAACCCGAACCAGAUAUUUGAUGGCAUUUGCCAACCAAAGGCUCAUUCAAUGAUCAAAACAAAUGUCUGUGGCCAACCAAAGAAGACCGUUGUUGAGGCUGAAGCUAAAGUGAUACCUGCAAAUUUUGAUUCAUGUCUGCAACAGCAUUCUGUUUAUAAUGCUAGAUCUGAAUUCAAUGAGUUAUCUAGUUUCAAUCAAUCAAAUCUGAGUGACUGCUGCCUUAAAUAUAUUGAACAACAAACAUCAGGUGUUGGGAGACAGAGUCAUGUUAAUCCUAACAUGAAUUUAUCAAGUGCCUUAAAUAUGCCUCUACUAAAAACCAAUGGAGGAAAAAUUCUGCAACAGAAUCAGAGUUCUAGUAGCAGUUCACUACUUGGAGGAAUCCCAAUAUGUAGUGGGAGUAAUCUUUUGAGGACAAAUAUGAUUAACUGCUCAGUUUCAAAUCCUCCCAAAGUAUCCACUUCUGAUUUUUCUGGAACACACAAGGUUGGGUUUGGUCUUCAAAGUAACAAUGCAACAACUAAUGCUGGGCUUUGUUCUGUGCCUAAUUUCACUAAUCAAUCAGUUACCAGUCACAUGAAUCUAGAAGGCUCUGAUCAGAAGAAUCAGGCAUAUGAUGCUUUCGCUUCAGCUGAUCAAAGGCAAGAUGAUGAUUUGCUUCAGGCUGCUCUUAAGAUUCCAUCUCUUAAUCUUGAGGAGCAUGUGCCUAUGGGUGAUCAAAUCCCUGGUUUUGUUCAAGAUUGGCUCAAUAAAGAUGUUACCAGUCAACAUAUGAUGAAAAUGAAUGUUAAGCAUGAAGAAGCCUAUGCUCAACUUCCAUCUGGUGAUGACCUCUUCGAUGUUUUAGGUAUGGAUUUGAAAAGGAGACUACUCAAUGGAAGCUGGAAUAAGUUGCUUGCCACAGAUUCAGAUGACAACACAGAACAUCUAGAUAAAAAGGCAACAUGCAUGAAUUUGCAAGGUGUAGGUCCUGAUAAUAGUUAUUCAGUUAAUGAAGCAAUAUCAGAAAGUGGCAUCUUCUCUGGAACAGGCACAGACCACCUUUUAGAUGCUGUGGUUUCAAAAGCUCAAUCUUCUGCAAAACAGAAUUAUGAUGAAAUGUCAUGCAGGACAACAUUGACAAGGAUUAGUACAGCCUCCAUUCCUUCUCCUGUCUGCAAGCAAGUUAUGCCUGAUCAUGUUGUCCCAAGGGGAUUGUUUGAUUUUCCUAAGACCGGAGUUAAAACAGCUGCUGCUGAAACAAGUUCUCUUAGGUCUGGGUGUAGCAAGGAUGAUGCUGGAAACUGCUCUCAAACUACUUCCAUAUAUGGGUCUAAGCUUAGUUCAUGGGUUGAGAAUAGUAGUAAUGUGAAACGUGAAAGCAGUGUUUCAACUGGAUACUCCAAGCGACCAGAUGAAGUUUGCAAAUCAAAUCGUAAAAGACUUAAACCUGGAGAGAACCCUAGGCCUCGGCCUAAAGAUCGCCAAAUGAUUCAAGAUCGUGUAAAAGAGUUGCGGGAAAUUGUGCCAAAUGGAGCAAAAUGUAGCAUAGAUGCACUUCUGGAAAAGACCAUCAAGCAUAUGCUUUUCCUGCAAAGUGUAACAAAGCAUGCUGACAAGCUGAAACAGACAGGGGAGUCUAAGAUAGUUAGUAAAGAAGGUGGAUUGCUAUUAAAAGAUAACUUUGAGGGAGGGGCUACAUGGGCAUAUGAGGUUGGCUCGCAAUCAAUGGUUUGUCCAAUCAUUGUUGAAGAUCUCAAUCCUCCUCGUCAGAUGCUAGUAGAGAUGCUUUGUGAGGAACGGGGUUUCUUUCUGGAAAUAGCCGACUUAAUCAGAGGAUUAGGUUUAACAAUCUUGAAGGGGGUCAUGGAAGCUCGCAAUGACAAGAUCUGGGCACGCUUUGCUGUUGAGGCAAACAGGGAUGUAACGAGGAUGGAAAUAUUUAUGUCACUGGUUCGUCUUUUGGAUCAAACAGUGAAGGGCGGUGGUGCAUCUUCAUCGAAUGCAAUUGAUAACAACAUGAUGGUGUAUCAAUCUUUCCCACAAGCUACCCAGAUAACAGCAACUGGUAGGCCCAGUAGUUUGCAAUGAACCACCUGCUUAUAGUUUCUUGGUUGCUGUUGCAAUGAACUUAACUUCGUCUAACUACUGUUUCGCCUCAGUUUGGAGGGGGAUGAGUUUAGUUAGUUAAGAACUUCUCAAGAUUAAUGUGCAUUAGUAUAAUGUAUAUGCAUGUUUCCUCCUGUUCCUGCCAAGGUCACUUAUCCUGUGUUGGCACUUGGCAGUGUCUUCUGAUGCUUUAGGCAACUCUUUAGAUAAUUUGCAUCCAUUUUUUUUCCUGUGUGAGUAAUGCCAUUGGUCACCAAGUUGUAUAAGGCUUUUGUUGAUGUUGUUGCUGAGUAAUGCCAUUGGUGUUGAUGGUGUGAUUCGGAUGUAUAGAUAUUUGUAGGAUUUGCAAAGGGGGAGAUCAUGUGUUUGACCAUCAAGCUUAUGCACUUGUUGUUCCUCCUGACCUUUUUUCCUCCACGUUUUUUUCUUUCUUGGAGUGGUGAUAUUGGCUGUUAUAAUAUACCAAUUUUCAUUAAUGUAAGCUUUGUGUGGUUUGUAUGAGUCUAUGCUAAAUGAUGCACUAGAUUAAUACUACCUCUUAGAAUAAGUGUCAUUUUAGAGUGUUGUAUAAGAAUUAAGGAAAUCAUUGUAAACUCUUGAAAAAAUUAUGUGAAAAUAGGAUACACAGACA